AUGGCCCCCGGACUCGUGGAAACUCCUGGUCUUCAGACCUUCUCGAAGCCCGUCAAGCAAUCUGUGUUCCCAGAUGGAUUCAAAACAUCCGGCCAGCACCCUCCCGUAUAUUCACUAGUUCGGCCCUAUUCCGAGUUCCCGAAAGUCCUUACCGGGCCUACACUGUGGAAAGCCGAGGAAUAUCGCGAGAAUGAUGACCUCUGGACACAUCGAUUUACCUCAGAUGAAGUUGCGGAGAUCAGCGGUGCCAGUGAUCAGUUUAUCAAGAGUGGCAUUCCUUUAACUGGAAUCACAAAGGCAAACUUCCUUUUGCCCAACUUAUCCGAGCGGAUGGAAAAUCUCCGUCAGGAUCUGCUCAAUGGCAAAGGAUUCUUCCGUUUCAGAGGCCUCCCUGUUGAACAAUGGGAUCUCCAGAAGUGUGCAACAGCAUACAUGGGCCUUGGCACAUACUUGGGCUACUUCACCAGCCAAAACGGCCGUGGUCAUGUCCUGGGUCACGUCAAAGAUUUAGGAGAAGAUCCAACCAGAACUGACAAAGUUCGCAUCUACCGAACAAAUGCUCGCCAAUACUUCCACACCGACGGAUCCGACCUUGUCGGUCUCCUUUGCAUCACCAAAUCUCUGUCUGGUGGUGAAUCAGACAUCGUGUCCACUCAUCAUGUAUUCAAUGUACUACAGGAGAGACAUCCUGAUGUGGUAGAAACACUAUGUGAGCCCAACUGGUAUUUCGACCGGAAGGGUGAGCAAUCUGAAGGCGAAGAACCCUGGAUGCGAUGCAGCGUCUUCUACCUUGAAAACGAUAAGACACGCUCCAACCCACGAGUCUACACAAGGCUCGACCCCAAUAACGUGACAUCGCUGGCGCGCUUCAACUCAGGGCCUGACGCACGCAUCCCUCCUUUGUCAGACAAACAGAAAUACGCCCUGGAGAUAUUUGAGAAGACCUGCGCUGAGCUCUCGCUACACAUGAUUCUUGCUCCAGGUGAUAUUCAAUUCCUGAGUAAUACACAUGUCUUCCAUGCGCGAACCGCCUACACCGAUUACCCAGCUGGAGCGCUUGAUGAGAGCGGACGCCCUGCCCGACGCCGCCAUUUGAUGCGACUUUGGCUCUCGGCCCCAGAAUCGGAAGGAGGUUGGAAGCUUCCAUACCACGAUAGUUUGGAGAGGAAGCGUGGAGGUAUCCAGGUUAACGAUACCCCUCCUGUUUGUCCCUUGGAUGCGGAGUGA